GCUUGAUUGACGAGCAGUGCAUCGCAACAAAAUGACGACACAUCUCGCUCUAGUCAUCAACUGAUCCAACUCUCAGCCACAGUCUUCUUCUCUGCCUUUGUCUGUUCCCUCCCGCCCUUUGCCGCAUCUUCCCCUGUCCCAAUCUACACAUUUCGAAAGAGUCUGACUAGCGACGGUUUGUCAAUCGCCACGCCGCUCUUACCCCGCCUGCCCUCUCGUCCGACGGAACGAGGCCGCCGGAGGGAUCAUCGGCUGGAACAAGACAGCCACUCGCCGCAAUUGACUGAUGCAUCAUCGCUGCUCACGCCCACCCAAGAAGCUGCCAUUUGCCGACAAGAAGCUGGACAUAUGUACACAGAAAGCCAGCUUCCUUGACAAACUCACCAGCCCCUGCCACAAACACCACAGCUCUCUGGCUGCAAUUGACUCACUCAUCCCUGGCCCUCGCCCACCCAAGAAGCUGCCAUUUGCCGUGACCGCACAAGCAAACUCCCGACCACAGGGUGGGUGGGUGAGUGAGUACCUAUUCUCUAUGGGUGCUGUGUGUGUGUAAGACGAAUUCAUACACAUGUGUGUGAAUGUGCGCACACAGUGAUGGCACGCAGUUCGCACUGAUGGUUGGCGAAAAUACCUCCGACAAGGCGCUCGACGACCUCAAGUGGCUCAUGCGCAAGGAAAGCAUCAUGCAAGUACGAACCGACCGCCACGCACACGCUCGCGGAAUGGAUGGAAGAAUCAACAAGCGGUGUUCAUUCGUAUGCGCACGUGUGUGUAUCUAUCGUGUGCGCAGUGCAUGUAUGCGGCGCGCGGCAACAUCUGGAUUCCCAUGUACUUGGACAGUGAGAGUGACCAGCUGAUGCCCACCCGAUAUGAGGGCAUCGCCCUGACCGCAAACGAGGGGGAGGGCCCUCAGGCGAUCAUCAACUACAUCGUCGAUCGAUUAAAUUGCCCGAACAAGAAGGAGGACGACGGGUACCCCGGGCUGUUUCACGAGACGCCUGAGCUGCACAAGGCUAUGGAACGGCCCCUUCCUCCCAUUCGCUUGUACCCUCCGAGAGAUAAUAUUUAGCUAGCUACCUGGGCUCUGUCUAGCUGAGCUGCCUGGCGGCCUGGGCUGGGCUGGCUUCCUUCAUCGUACUUGC